UCGGUUCGUCACAUGAGGACAGGUCUUCCUCCUCUGAAGGGACAGAAGAACUGUGAUCUUUGGACAAGAUUCUUCUUGUUGAAGUGCCUUAGCUUCAAAGCAUGAGUUUGCCUGGCGUCACAGAUGGUAAAUACAUUUUGGGUGAGAAAAUGACUGUGGACAUCCCAGAUCUUCCUAGUGGUCCAAUGGACAUCUACAGGAAGAAAGCGUCUUUCGAUUGGAAGGGUAUGAUGAGGUUUCUGGAAGGUGACGAAAUCAUUGCGUUUAAGCGUCACGUGUUCAGAACACUGGAGAAUGACCCGCUGUUUGCCCGGCAGCCGGGUGAGGAUAUAUCUAUGGACCAGAUGAGAGAGCUUACCUUUCGUCGCUGUAAACAGUUAUUUAAAUACAACUUUCUAACACAAGAUGACAUCAUGCAAAACCCCAUGACGUUGACAAUCCUUAGCGACUGCCUGGGAAUGUACGACUGGUCUUUAGGAGCGAAGUACAACCUCAAUAAAGGGAUGUUUGGAGCCACAGUGGCAAACACAGGAUCUCAGAGGCACUUGAAAUUUGUGAAGGACAUUGAGGAGAUGAUGGCAUUUGGAUGCUUUGCACUGACAGAGCUGAGCCAUGGUAGCAACACACGAGCAAUGAGAACGACCGCCAGAUAUGAUCCCAGCACUCAGGAAUUUGUGAUAAACUCUCCAGAUUUUGAAGCAGCAAAGUUCUGGGUUGGGAAUAUGGGGAAGACUGCCACGCAUGCAGUCGUGUUUGCCCAGCUCUACACACCGGAUGGAAAAUGUCAUGGCCUCCAUUCUUUUGUAGUCCAAGUCAGGGAUCCAAAGACCUUGCUGGCGAUGCCAGGUGUGAUGGUUGGGGAUAUAGGAAAGAAACUGGGUCAAAAUGGACUGGAUAAUGGUUUUGCACUGUUUCAUAAUGUGAAGGUUCCACGGGAAAACUUGCUGAACAAAACAGGAGAUGUUACCCCCGAUGGGUGCUAUGUUUCACCUUUUAAGGACCCCAAUAAGCGGUUUGGAGCAUCUUUAGGGGCUCUAUCUGGAGGCAGGGUGGGCAUUACAAGAAUGGCACAAGUCAAUCUAAAGCUGGCUCUGACGGUGGCUGUGCGGUUCUCUGCCACACGCAGACAGUUUGGGCCUAAAGAGGAUGAGGAGAUUCCGGUGCUGGAAUAUCAGAUGCAGCAAUGGCGUCUUAUUCCAUACCUGGCGGCAGUGUACGCGCUAGAGCAUUUUACCAAAACCUUCACCGUGAACUUUAUGGAGUUUCAGUUUGGAUUCAUGAUGAAGGACAAAAGUGACAGACAGGCUGAACUGGGCAGAGAGAUUCACGCCGUAUCAUGCGCUAGUAAAGCUUUAGCAUCAUGGACGGCCCAGCGAGCCAUACAGGAAUGUCGGGAAGCUUGUGGAGGACACGGAUUCCUUGCCAUGAACCGCCUGGGAGUCAUGCGCGACGACAAUGACCCAAACUGCACAUAUGAGGGUGAUAACAACGUUAUCCUACAGCAGACCAGCAACUACCUGCUAGGCUGGCUUCAGCACAAACAACAAGGUCUUGGCAAGAUUGAAUCCCCCCUUGAGACUGUAAACUUCUUAGAGGACAUGAGCAGCAUUCUGCAGAGCAAGUUCACUGCUGCCUCAGUGGAAGAGUGCAUGAACUCAGCCGUUCCUCUGGUGGCGUAUAAGUGGCUGGUGUGUUUUCUGCUGGGUGAGAGCCAGGAGAAGCUCUUGCAUGAGAAAUCUUCUGGACUGGGAGACUUUGAGGCCCGAAACAACAGCCAAGUAUAUUACUGUCGUUCAUUGGCUAUUGCUUACAUUGAACACACAGUGCUGCAACGCUUCCAUGACCUGAUUCAUGAUGAACAGACUCCAACUGGUCUCAGAUCAGUUCUUGGCCGUCUUUGUGCUCUCUAUGGACUGUGGGCCAUCAGUAACCACAUGGCCAUCCUGUAUCAAGGUGGUUACUUUUCUGGCCGACAACCAGUUGACUUCAUUCAGAUGGCCAUUCUCACUCUCUGUGGGCAGUUAAAGGAUGAUGCUGUGGCAUUGGUGGAUGUGAUUGCUCCUCCUGACUUCAUCCUGAACUCGCCAAUUGGCUAUGCAGAUGGUGAGCUCUACAAAAACCUCUGGUCCACAGUCGUGCAGGGCAAGAAUGUCUUGGAACGGCCAUCUUGGUGGGCUGAGUUUUGUUCAGACAAGCCUGCAGUUGGAUCUCUCAGAGCUAAGCUGUAACUCCUAGCACUGGAGACUUAUAACAAAGACAAUUGCAGGAUGUUGUCCGUAUGUCCUGGUGUUCAGGCAAAGCCGAACUGUUCGGUGAGAAGUUUGUAAACUUGUUUUGAAAGUGUAAUUCAACAUUGAUUAUAACAGUUCAUGACAUAAAUCAUGUUUUUUGAUCCACUACACAUGAAAAACAAUUGUAUAGCACUUACUCAGUGCACCACUAUAAAGUUUCAUAUUUGAUUUUACACUAAAUAAAUCUUAUUAACAUAUACAUAUUGAACAGGAAUAGGUGCAAGGUGGUAACCAAACCAGUAACACAAACGUCUUGACACCUUAGCAGUAAUGCACCUCAUAAUAUUGAUGUUCAUUUGGAAACAUAAUAUUACUAAAGAACAAUGAAUAUACAGGUAGAUGUAAGCAUGAUGUUGCACAAUGACAUGUUGAUGGAGGGUAAAUGGUUUUGAAUGUAAAUCCUUAUUAAAAUAAGUUUUAACAAUAUAGACUAUAUCGAAAUAAAUUCAGAAUACUUUGCACAAAAGUCUUUAUUUCCUGCAUGAAGGUAAGUGCACCUGUAUGAUGUUCUCCCAUGUUGAAGUUUAUUACACAACCAGUGUAUUAUUUACAGAGACGGCUGAUUCAGAGAGGAUUCCCCUUUUUGAAGAUUAUUGUGUGAUGCAUCAGCAUACUGAACACAGACGUUCUCUCUUAUCAUUUUGCAUAAAGUUGGACCACAUGGUGAGUGCAGGUGCAUAUGGGAAUGAUUAAUAAUGUGUCUACACAAGGGAGCUUUUGUUUUAACAACAAAACUACAUUCCUCACAUUAUAAUUAACAAAUAUGUUUGCACUACAGAUGAGUGAUGCUGUGGUGUGAGGUUGAUCCUAUAGUUCUACUGAAUUAAAUGAGCACAAUGUUUAAAAUGCAUUAAUGGCAGCUGGCAGAGUUAUAGCUGUUGGUAUGAUAUACUUUAGUGAUAGCAAAUGAAAAAAUCUCUUUAAAUUAUGUCAUUCCAAACCUGUAUGACUUUCUAUCUCAUGUAGAACACAAAUGGAGAUAUUUUGAAAAACUUUGGUAGCCAAACGACACUAGUCCCCAUUAUUUUCAUUGUAUAGACAAAACCACUGAGACAUUUUUCUAAAUAUAUUAUUUUGUUCUCCACAGAAGGAGUCAAAUACAGAUUUUAAAUGGCAUGGGGGUGUUGACAGACUAUUUAUUAAUCCCUUUAAAGGUCCAGUGUAUGAAAUUUAGCAGGAUCUAGCGGUGAGGUUGCGAAUUGCAACCAGCGUCUCACUCCACUCCUCCCUUUCAAAGCACUACGAUGGCUGACUCAAGAAAAAGAUUUCGGCACGUUUUCGCUUUGCCAAAGGAGAUAAUGGAUUUGCGAAACACGCUCUGUCGAGCAGUUUGUCCGUUUAGGGCUACUGUAGAAACAACAUGGUGAAUUCCAUGAAAGGGGACCCGUGGUGUAUGUAGAUAGAAAUAACUCAUUCUAAGCUAAUAAAAACAUAACACGUCAUUAUGUAAGCUUUUUAUACACCUCUGAAGACAUAGUUAUGUAUUUUAUAUUUUAUUUCUGUCAAUAGAUCCUCCCAAAAGAUAAACUUUGGACCUUUAUUGCUUUAUAUCAGUGUUACGUUAUUUCAUUUUUUGGGACGCGAAAGUGAAGUGUUCCUAAUGUUACAAUGUUGUCCUUGAUCGAAGUAUUCAAUGCCGAAUUGACCCAGAGGAAUGUAAUUGUGGAUUCUGAAGUCUGUCCUGUAAAUGAUUUGGAUAAAAUACAAAGUUAAAUAAAAGAAAAACAUACCUAAGAGUCUAUGCAAAUAUACAUAUUGCACAGUGAUCUUUGAAUAUCAAAAAACCCUCACUUCAUUUUUCAAUUCCUCAUAUGUUGCAUGUAAUUCGUUCCUUGACAUCUUUAGUGCUCUCCAUCUGCAUGUGUGAAACUGUCUGCAUUCCACAUGCAUUCACUGCAUUCAAGCGUGCGCUACAGUGUCAAGUCUGUGUUUAUGUUCAGGACAAGCACACACCUUUUCACACACACAAACCGAUCCGUACUUGGAAGCUCCCCCUUUAAUGACAAGAAGUGUACAGGACAUUUGUAGUUGAUAUGUACCAUGUACAUGCAAUGCAUGGAAUUCUAUACCUUGUAGUAUAGCAUGGCAUUUCCAUUUCAGUCCAUAAAUGUACUGUAUCUAAAUUGAUAUCAUAUGAUGUUACAAUAACAACCACUAGGUAAUGGGUUUGACUCACAACGAACACACAAACUGAUAAAUUACAGUAAUUCUAACAAGUAUUUCAAACAAACAUUUCAUGUAAUCUUUGUAGAAUCAAUGGCCACAUAUAGAUCUGUAACUGAGUAUUAUUGCAGCACACAAACACCCUGCAUAACAAGUCUUUGUUUAAAUCAUUUUUUUCAUGCUUUGUCUUUGUUUACACUACUAGUACACAGCAAGAUCCGUUCCAGAUUCAACCACUUGGGUGUGUUGGCCUUGCACUUCAGUCCAGUAAUAUUCUGUCUCCAAACUCAGUCAACUGUCACACGGUCACUUGUGACUAUUCUUCUGACUUUUUAAAAGAUGUGACUUGAUCACAUCUUGUUUAGAUCUUGUUGUUUAAGACAUAAAUGCAGGGAAAGUUGAUUUAUCGAUACAUAAAACAUUACUAAUAUUAUGUUUGUAUUGCUUUAUGGUUUUCAUCAAAAUUAAAUUUGAUUUUAAUUCAAUUAGAGCAUGUUUAAUGAUCUUGGAAGGUAAACAGAUGCUACUGAAGCAGAUAAACUUACAUUGUUUUAGGAGUAAGCCUUUAUUGUCAAUGUGCGCCAAUGUUCUUUGGCUACCAACGUUUUUCAAAAUAUCUUUUGUGUUCUGCAGAAAUCAUACAGUCAUAGGUUUGGAGUGAUGUCAGGGUUAAUAAAUAAUGAAAGAAUUAGAUUUUUUGGGGGAACUAUCCCUUUAUGUGACCACAUACAGUCUGUUAAACAAUACCGGUUUUUAAGUUUGGGAUUUGGGCGGAGCAUGUUUAUCUAAUCCUACCAAACACAAUCUGAAGAAAAGAAUGUAUUUGGGUUUUGCUGGUUUACACGUGGCAUGCAUCUGGGAUUUGCAGUACAUAUGGUCACCUUGAAUACUUUAAGUAUUGGGAAGAAGUGGAAAAAAUUUCACUAGAAGCAGAAUUUGGUUAGACCACAACGUUUACUGCCUUUCCACAGUAUAUAUAUAUAUUCUGAAGCCCUUCAUGUCAGUCUAAACUAAAUUGUAGGUCUUGAAAUUACAGCAUAGUUUUUCCAAGUCUAUUGGCUAAUUCAAAAUGCAGGUUUAACGUAAACAUAUUAUUUUUUGUUUCUGAUAUUCAACUUCUAUAUAUUUUGGAUCAUUUACUGUGUGGGUUUUUAUAACUUUUUAGAAUAUCAGGGAUGAUUGAUGCAGAGAUGGGUUCUUUUUUUAUUGUUAUAGUAAUUAAAUAACAAACUGUAUGUGUGUACAUGGUUUCAAAGGACGUAUGCGCCUGGCCCGAAGUUAACAGUUAAUCAGUUGACUAGUAGAUAAUAAUGUAACUAUUUACAUUUUAAUCGAUAUUAAUAUUAAUUAAUAUUAAUAUGUUAUAAUUGUUUUAAAUGAUCAAUUUGUUGAAUUUGGUUGUAUGUUAAUUUUAUUAAAUAAAUAAUAUGUUGAAUGGGU